CUAUUGUGAGGUGGCAAAGGGCCUGACUUGCCCCUGUCGACAGGCUCGGUUCUGAAGAACAGAAAAAGCAAUUCCCAGACCAUGGAGUCCAUCUCGCCCGUGUACUCCGCUGCCACGGAGAAGCGCUACUCUCCGCCAUGGGCGGACUUGAGUAUCAUUGGUAUCGCCGGUAGCUCGGGCUCCGGCAAGACCUCGGUGGCUAUGGAGAUCGUGAAGUCGCUAAACCUGCCGUGGGUGGUGAUCCUCGUAAUGGACUCGUUCUACAAAAGCUUGAACCCGGACCAACAUGCCAAGGCGCAUAGGAAUGAAUUUGAUUUUGACUGUCCGGAUGCCUUGGAUUUCGAUGUCUUGGUGAACACCUUAAAGGACUUAAAGCAAGGGAAGAAGGCAGACAUUCCCGUUUAUUCAUUCGCCCACCAUCAACGCCAACCUCAGACGACCACUCUUUAUUCUCCUCGAGUUUUGAUCCUGGAGGGUAUUCUAGCUUUGCAUGACCCGAGAAUCAUGGAGCUGUUGGAUGUUAAGAUCUUUGUAGAGGCAGACAUGGAUGUUUGCCUGGGGCGCAGAAUCAUGCGCGAUGUUCGGGAGAGAGGAAGGGACAUUGAUGGAAUCAUCAAGCAGUGGUUUACUUAUGUUAAACCGUCGUACAAGUACUAUGUCGAACCCCAGCGAUCUGUCUCCGAUAUUAUCAUUCCCCGAGGUAUUGAGAACAAGACGGCCAUUGACAUGGUGGUAAAACACAUCCAGCGUAAACUUGAGGAGAAAUCAGAGAAGCACAGUGCGGAGCUGCAUGAGCUGAAAAAGAUUGCCGCUGAUUUGCAGCUUUCUCCCAAUGUUUUGAUGAUGCCCCAGACGCCCCAAUUCAUUGGCAUGAACACAAUCCUCCAGAAUCCGGAAACGGAACAGGUUGAUUUUGUGUUCUAUUUUGACCGUCUUGCUUCCUUGCUGAUCGAGAAAGCUUUGGACAGUGCGUCGUACGAUCCCUCGUUUGUGAACACGCCUCAGGGGACGACAUACAACGGCCUGAACCCGGUAGGCGUUAUGUCUGCUGUUGCCAUCCUACGAGGAGGCUCUUGUCUCGAGACAGCUCUCAAGCGAACGAUUCCUGAUUGUAUUACGGGUCGCGUCCUCAUUCAAACGAAUGCACGAAACGAGGAGCCAGAGCUGCACUAUCUUAAACUGCCCGAUGGCAUUGAAACACAUGCUACUGUCAUGCUGAUGGAUCCUCAAAUGGCCAGUGGUGGCGCCGCCUUGAUGGCCGUCCGUAUAUUGAUUGACCACGGAGUGGAAGAGCAGAAGAUUGUCUUCGUGACAUGUGCUGCCGGCAAAAUUGGACUCAAGCGAUUGACUACAGUAUACCCGCGUCUGAAGGUUAUCGUGGGACGGAUCGAAGAGGAGCGCGAACCUCGAUGGAUGGAGAAGAGAUAUUUUGGGUGUUAAGUUGAAGCAUUGAUACCACACGUCCGGGACAUGUGAUGGAGUUGAAUGUAGAAUGUGCAUACAAUGACGGACAUUUUGGCUAGUACAUACUAUAUUCAUAUAUAUUUAUAAAACAAGGAAC